CAGUCACGUGCCUGAACAACGCGGAAGUCAACAAAGCAGACCGGGCGGCAGCAGCAGCGACAUGUAGCGCAAAACAAGAAGCACUUUACUUUUUUUAGUUCCCUGUUUUUGUUUUUCUUCCUCUGUCAGCUUAAAUGAAACCGUGCGCCUUUCACAGGUCAACCGUGGACGUGUUUUAAAAGCUCCGUUUAGCUGACGUUAGAUUAGUAAACACCGGCCCGGUGUGAACAUGAGGAUGGACUCUCUUCUGUCGAGCAUCAACGUGGUGCUCGUCAUGGCCUAUGGCAGUCUGGUGUUUGUUUUGCUCUUCAUCUUUGUCAAGAGACAAAUUAUGCGAUUUGCCAUGAAGUCACGGAGAGGACCACAUGUACCACUUGGCCACAAUGCGCCUAAGGAGCUGAGACAACUAAUUGAAGCCAAACUGUCCCAAGUCCAGAAAAUCCACUUUGAGCCUCGUCUGCUGUCCCCAGAAGAUGCCCGGUUAAAUCAGUCUGGUUCUUAUGACUACCUGUACAGGAUGAAAGCACUGGAUGCCAUCAGGGAUGCUGAUCUCCCUUUCCGUGAGCUGGGUGGGACGUCCACCGCUGUGACAGGUAAAAGACUUCGGACCUGGCUCCUGCAGCUACGAAAUUCCCACUGCAUGUUCCGAGACAGCCUGAGCUCCCUCGUCGACACGGUGCUCGAUGGGUACAACAAAGCUCGGCAUGGGGCAGAGGCUUUUGGUGAAGCAGAAUUUUUGAAAUACCAGGAGGCUCUAACUGAACUGGCCUCUGUUGUCAAGUCUCACAGCAGCAGCGGCAGCUCUCCAAGCCAGCACCACCAGUCUGCAGCCAAAGACCUGACCAGCACCACAGAACCUGCGAGCUCCUUAUCCUCCCCCACCCAAACCACCUACCUCACGUCUACAAUGCAGCAGCGCAGCAAGCGGCCCAGACACUUCCUGGAGCUGAAGAACUUCAAAGAUAACUACAACACACUGGACAGCUCUUUCUGAAAAUCUGUUACACCCGUCCAAAAGAAAAGUCAUGGAUAAGGUUGUGCUGCCAGUGAUUAAAAGUGCCUGUGGAGUACGACGGGUCACUGUCGCCAGGUAGUUUUGAGAGAAGUGAUUAAAAACACUGCCUUCAUGUACUAACAGCCUAGUUUACACUAGAUUGCAUAUCAGACUACUGGCACAGUGCUUUUUACCUAAGUGUAUCUUCUGCAUAUAUCCUGUAUUAAUGCACGUAUGCUAUAAGAAGGUAGAAAAAUGACUAUGUUACUAUAGUAAGGGUUGAUUUGACCAAAACAUAACCAGAGCCAUGGAGCUAUGCAACAGCAUAAGACAAUCAGUAUUUAUUACACAAUGUAAAUGCCUAUGCAGACACGUUAACCAACUGUAUUUAAACAUGUUAAUUAAUAUUUAGCAUUGAUGGUAGAGAAAACCUGUGUCAAUGAUUGCCUCACACUGAAAAAAAAACCACACUGUUUAUGUCGCUUAUGUUUACGUCAGGGAGUUUUUUUGAGCCUUAAAUCUUUGUUACAGAAGCCAUACUUGAUUUACUGAAUUUUUGAUUUUGCUGUUUUGAUAUAAUCAUUUCUUUCAGUGCAAUGUAAUGUAACAGUAUUCCAGUGAAUUAACGCAUUCUGAAUGCGAGGUAUUAUUUCAGGGGAAGUGUCGACUCUUUUAGACGUCCACUCGUUUGUAGAUGUCUGAACUGUAUGUUUCAUUUGGUGUUCAGGGUUCCCAGGGAGGUAUUUUAAUGUCUGAAUAACUUUAUUUUCUGCGGUGCCUAAUGUACAACUUGCCAUCCAAAUAAAACAGUGACACAUA